ACAGGAGCUAUGGGGUGUGGGAGCAGCAGCAGCGCGCGGCCGACGUGGGAUCCCAGCGCGCCCCUCGCGUCCGGCAGCGACAAGGAGGUGUUCAUAGGGUCUUUCAAGGGGGAGCCCGUCGCCGUAUGCGUCCCCAAGAAGCAGGGGCAGGCGCGCCUGCACGCGGAGAUCCGCGCGCUGAACUCGAUCGGGAGGCAUCCCCACAUAGUGGCGCUGGUCUACACGAGUACCCUGUCGUCGGCCCACGGCUUCUACUUCGCCCUGGAGGCCGUGGAGCCUGUCGGCUACGACCUGGACCGAUGCAUUAAGCAGUACCUGUUCGCGAAGCAGGGCGUGCCGUCCAACCUGAUCAGGACCCUCAUCAAGCAACUCUGUAGCGCCCUGGACCACAUGCACGGCAAACGCAUCGUCCACCGCGACGUGAAGGCGGAGAACGUCCUUGUGACGAAAAAUUACGAUGCCAAGCUGAUAGACAUGGGCAUCGCUUGCCAGUGCGGGAUCAGAGAGGAGCGGUGGGUUUGGGCCUCCAAGACGUACUUCCCGCCAGAGCUGUGCCAGGGGCUCGUCCCGCAGGACACCAAGGUGUCGCCACUCAUUGUGGGGAAGGUAAUAGUGGAGGUUUCUGUGAUCGACCCAGGGGACGAUUGCGCCAUCGAGGCCUGGGGCUGA